UUCAACAUCGCCGCCGUAUAUUUCUACUCUGUUCGUUUUCGUGCCUUCUGAGGAUAGUUCGAGGGAUUGGAGAACCAUCACGGUUAACUUAAUCGUGGCCGAGAAUUCUUCUUCCGUGUGCGAAAGUGGGGGUCUUUCCUCGAUCGCCGAAAAGUUAAAGGUUUAAUCUUCGGACAAUUGGGGCUUUUGUCGGAGGAUUAGGUUUUUCUUUUCCUUUUUGGUGGAUGACUUGCUGCUUCAAUUGGGGUUCAUCGUCGUCUUUUGAUCAUUCGAGGUUUUCCAUGUCGGAGGAUUAGACCUGGGGAGUGAGAGCUCUAGAUUAAGUAUACGGCGGUUUUUCUGCUGCGUGGACUCGGUGGUAUUGUAUCUCCACCGUUCGUUGUUCGGUGAGAUGGAGAUCGACUCGGAUAUUCUUGAUUCUGGCCCCCAUAUGGUUCUCGAGAGGCUUGCGCGUAUCGGAGUGCCUGAGGAGUGCCGCACCAAACCUGGCCUGGUGGAAUUUGUCAGAGCUGACCGGUCCAGGACUCCUGAGCUAGUAACUGCUAUACUACCCACGGACAGGGAAGUUGCUGGAGAAUUAAAGGAAUCUAGAGAGCGUUCCCGGAAAUUUUCGGUGAGCUCUAGCGUGAAAAAGAUGUUUAGGGAGAGCAUGGAAUGGCUACAGUGGCUGAUGUUUGAGGAUGACCCUGUUUUUUGUCUGAGGAACCUAGCCAAAAUGAAUGUUGGUCAGCGCGGUGUUUGUGGUUCUGUCUGGGGACACAAUGAUAUAGCAUAUCGGUGCAGAACAUGUGAAAAUGACCCAACUUGUGCAAUUUGUGUUCCUUGUUUCCAGAAUGGUGACCACAGCAACCACGACUACUCUAUUAUAUAUACAGGCGGUGGUUGCUGUGAUUGUGGGGACGAGACAGCAUGGAAACGAGAGGGUUUUUGUUCAAUGCAUAAAGGUGCAGAACAGAUUCAACCCCUUCCAGAAAAUCUAGCAAAUUCAGUGGGGCCUGUCCUUGAUGCCAUUUUUGCUUGUUGGAAAAACAAGCUUUUGUCCGCAGAAAGUAUCAGUCAGAAAGAUAACCGUUCGAUUGAUAAUGUUGUAGAAAUCCAAAAGAGGCCAAAUGAGUUGACAUUUGUUACGGUUGAAAUGCUUUUGGAGUUUUGCAAUUGCAGCGAGAGUUUGCUCAGUUUUGUUUCCAGGAGAAUGAUCUCUUCAGAUGGUCUGCUGAAUCUUCUUGUAAAGGCAGAGAAGUACUUGCACCAAGAGGUUUUGAAGAAACUACAUGAAUUGCUUCUCAAACUAAUAGGAGACCCUAACUUUAAGUCUGAGUUUGCAAAAACAUUUGUGAGUUACUAUCCAGUUGUUAUAAGUGAAGCGGUUAAGCAGGGUAGUCACAACACAUUCAAGAAGUAUCCUCUGGUAUCCACGUUCUCAGUGCAAAUCUUCACAGUGCCUACUCUAACACCUCUUCUUGUGAAGGAUAUGAAUUUGCUCGCUAUGCUUUUUGGAUGCCUAGGCGAAAUCUUUCUUUCUUGUGCUGGGGAGGAUGGCGUUCUGCAGGGCACGAAAUGGGAACGGAUGAGUGAGGCAAUUGAUCGUGUCAUCGGAGAUUUGAAAUUUGUUAUGAGCCAUACUGCAGUUUCUAAAUAUGCAACGCAUGAACAGCAGGACUUAUCCAGAUCUUGGUUGAUACUCUUGACCUUUGCUCAAGGGAUGAACCCCCAAAAGAGAGAAACCGGAAUCCAUAUCGAGGAAGAAAAUGAUUACAUGCAUCAUUUCUUUCUUUUGGGCCAUUCUAUUUCUGUUAUCCACUCGCUUUUGGUCGAUGGUGUGUAUUCUGCUGGUAUCAAUGAAGAAAUAGAAGGUGAGAAGACUACCAAGGGAGAACCUGAUACAGAUGAUGGAGACAGAGAAAGGCAUGCAAAGGUUGGAAGACUGUCUCAUGAAGACUCUGUCUGUAGUGCAAUGGGAAGCAGCAGUUCAUCUGGUGAUAUAUCUAUGGCUGCUGAAGUCCAGUCAAAUGAUUCUUUCCGUGCAUUGCUUCCUCCACAUGCUAUAUGGUUGAUACGUGAGUGUUUGAAAGUUCUAGAGACAUGUCUAGGAGAUGAUGAAGGUAUAUCAAAGUUUCUUUGCAAUCUUUCGACACCUAGGGGCGGGAGUAUCUCCGGAAGAAAAGGUUUAGGGCCAAAGAGAGAAAUAUCAAAGGUUGAAACCGGAAAGAUUAUACUUAGUGGUCUUGUCAGCUCCAAUGGAGAUCCAUCUACUGGGUUACCACCUCUGUGUGGUGAUAUACAAUCAAAUCUUAAUUUGGAGAAUGCUAGUGGACCAGAUGAGGAGGUUCAAACAGGUUUUACUGCUGACUCAUGGACAUUUUCUUGCAACUCUGCUGUUUCGAUAAAGAAUGCAUCAGAAGGAUUGCGUAUCCUUGGCCUCUGUGAAUGGCCAGACAUCCACUAUGAUGUUAGCACCCAGCCCAUAUCGGUUCAUCUACCGUUACAUCGAUUACUUUCUGUGCUUGUAGAAAGAGCAUUAAGAAUAUGUUAUGGAGAAUUUGCGUUGCCCCAUGUAGUCAGUGCUAGUUAUCAGGACCCACAUAUAGACUUCUUCAGAUACGUACUUGGAGAUUUCCAUCCUUAUGGAUUUUCUGCCUUCAUUAUGGAGCAUGCUCUCCGGAUUAGGGUAUUUUGUGCUCAGGUUAUUGCUGGUAUGUGGAGAAGGAACGGGGAUACUGCCUUAGUAUCGUGUGAGUGGUAUCGGUCGGUACGCUGGUCAGAACUGGGCCUAGAGCUUGAUCUCUUUCUGCUGCAAUGUUGUGGUGCCUUAGCUCCUGCAGAUUCUUAUGUUAGCCAGAUUCUCAAUCGAUUUGGGCUCUCGAGCUAUUUGUCAUUGUGUCCUGAUAGAUCAAAUGAGUACGAAGCAGUUUUGGUCCAGGAAAUGCUCACUCUUCUGGUACAGAUUCUGCAAGAAAGGCGGUAUUCUGGUCUUACUACUGCUGAAAGUUUGAGAAGGGAGAUCAUUUACAAGUUAGCCACUGGAGAUGCCACUCACAGUCAGUUAGUUAAAUCUUUACCUCGUGACUUGGCCAAGUCUGAUAAGCUUCAGGAGAUAUUGGAUAGUGUUUCCGUUUACAGCAAUCCAUCUGGGUUUAACCAGGGAAAGUAUUCGCUGCGAUCAUCUUGUUGGAAGGAAUUGGAUCUGUACCACCCUCGUUGGCAUUCAAGAGAUUUGCAAGCUGCAGAAGAAAGGUAUUCACGCUACUGUGGAGUAUCUGCGUUGACCACUCAGCUUCCUAGGUGGAGGAAAAUCUAUCCACCUCUAAAGGAGCUGGCUAAAAUAGGAACUUGCAGAACCACCCUUCAAAUAAUUUCCACAGUGUUAUACUAUGCACUUUACAGUAGUACAUCUCUUGAAUCACGUGCUCCAGAUGGCGUUCUCGUCCCUGCAUUGCACUUGUUAUCUUUAUCACUGGAUAUCUGUAUUCAGCAGAGGGAAUGUACCCAGGCUUGUGGGACUGAAGAUUUGAUUCCCAUUAUUGACUUAGCUGGUCAGGAAACUAUUGGGAUUGAUCAAAGGACUGGAAAGCAAAGUUUGUUGUCACUUCUUGUUUCACUUAUGAGGGCACGUAAAGGCGAUGAUCACCACCGAAUUACAGAAGCUGGCAGCUGCAAUAUAUCUUCAUGGGUUGGAAGUUUGCUUAAAAAGUUUUAUGAAAUCGAUUCUCUUUGCAAGAACAUGCUGCAAAAGCUUGCUCCUGAGGUGGUUGGUCAUUUACCUAGUCCUGAUAAAGUCAUAUCAGGUUCUUCUUCUGACGAGAAACGCAAAGCUAAAGCUCGAGAGAGACAGGCUGCUAUUCUGGCAAAAAUGAAAGCUGAGCAAUCAAAAUUCUUGUCCACCUUGAGUUCGAGUAUGGAGGAUGAUAGUUCAAAAUCUGAAACUGAAACAAGUAAUUCAGUUGUGGAAAAUGAUUCGGAAACUGUUAUCCAUGAAGUUUGUUCUCUCUGUCAUGAUCCGAAUUCAAAAGAUCCCAUUUCUUGCUUGAUUUUCCUCCAGAAAUCCAAGCUUUUAAGUUUUGUGGAUAGAGGUCCGCUUUCUUGGGAUCGGGUUGCACAAUCUGAAAAGGUGCCAAUGGGGGCAGCUCCCGAUCUCUUUGGGAUGGAUGUUUCCUCAGAUAAUUUAAGUGUGGGCUCUCAGCAUUUAUCGCAGUUGUCAGAGGAUGCAAUCACUCAAUCUACUAAGGACUCUGUACUGGAGUCUCUCAGAGCUCGGCUCAUGAAGAACAGUCAGAUGCAAUUCAGGCCUAGCAAUGCGAAGGGAAAGGAUAAACAUAGUUUGGAGACAUUAGAGAUAACUAUGUAUAGAACUAUUUGUAGAAGACUUGAUGAUCUGAAGCGUGGAGUUCCUACACGUGUGGAGCAUCAACAGCCUGGUCCUCAAAGCAGCACCAGUAGUGUUUCUGAUGAUUUUCUAUCCACAAAGACCUCCAGACAUCCUCUAUUAGAUAAACCCAGAUCAGUUUAUGCAUCGCAUGCUGGUUUUGAUGGAUUCCAUCCUACUAAUUGUGAUGGAAUUAAUCUGUCAUCUUGUGGGCAUGCCGUGCAUCAGGGUUGUUUGGAACGGUACUUGACAUCAUUGAGGGAAAGGUCUGUCAGAAGAAAUGUCUUUGAAGGUGCACAUAUCGUGGAUCUAGAUCGGGGAGAGUUUCUGUGCCCUGUAUGUCGCCGUCUAGCAAAUUCCAUCUUACCUGCUAGUCUUGGGGAUUUAUGUGCUGUCUCAAAGCUGCAACCGAGUUCCAGUACUAGCUCAAAUAAAACAGAUGAAGAUAAUCAUCAUCUUCGACUUCCUGAAGCUUUGUGUCUCCUGCAAACUACUGCUGAGAUGAUUGAAGAUGGUGAUACAGUUAAAGCGGUUCUCUUUCAGGGAGAUGCACAAAGAAGGCAAGACCUUGAAUAUGUCUCAAGCAAGCUCUGGAAUUUGUAUUUUUCUGAGAGACAGGAAAAGUCUCGGGAAAUUCCAUGGGUAGCUCAAUCGAUUGUCAUGUGGGAUACCCUUAAGUACUCUCUUAUUUCAAUGGAGAUUGUUGCUCGUUCUGGAAAGACUUCUAUGCUUCCUGUCUAUUGUGGUGAUUCUCUAUACGAGGAGUUCAAAACAUCUAAUGGAUCGAUUCUGUCGCUUUUAUUACGAGUGGUUCAGAGCACACGAACAAAGAAUCCUAUUCAUGUUCGUCAGAGAUUUACGGGUAUGCAGCUUUUUGUAGAGUCUAUCUGCUCUGGGAUUUCUGGUAGUUAUUCGAGCAGCAUAUAUGCAAGAGAAGGCACCACACUAGGCUUAUUGAAGAAUGCAAAUCCAGCAGCUUUUUCUGCUGAUCAUCUGUUCUGGAAUCGCACAUCUGAUCCGAUUCUUUCUCGUGAUCCUUUCUCGUCAUUGAUGUGGGUUCUCUUCUGUCUCCCUUCCCCUUGCAUCUCAUGUGAGGAGUCUCUCCUAUCCCUUGUGCAUAUCUUCUACACAGUCUCUCUUGUACAGAGUAUAAUUGCAUAUUGUACACAUAAUUGGUAUGACUUCGGACUAGGCUUUGAGGAAAGCCUAAAAGAAUCUGGAUGUGGUGGCCAGUAUUUCAAGUCGAACUACAUGGACUUCUCUUGUGGUAUAAAGGACACACUUCGCAAAUGUAGCUUUCCUUUUUUGAGGAGAUGUGCAUUGCUGUGGAGGCUACUGAAAUCUGAACCUGGGCAGUUCCUUGAGAGGGACCAUAUGAAUGUGUCAUCUGACUCUACCAUUGACAAGAUGGAUUUUACAUACAGUGCACAUUCUGAGCUCAUUGAAGUACAAGAGCUGGAGAAAAUGUUUAAGAUUCCUCCUAUUGAUAUUGUUCUGAAAGAUGGACUUGUCCAGUCUCUUGCUCAAAGGUGGUUCCAACACUUUCAGAGAGAAUAUAACGUUAACAGAACCAAAGGGCUGCUUUGUAUCACCCCUGCUGUUCCUUUCAGGCUAAUGAGAUUACCCCAUCUUUACCAGGAUCUGUUGCAAAGGUGUAUCAAAGAAUCUUGCACCAACUGCAAAAAAGUCAUUGAUGAACCUGCCUUAUGUCUUCUAUGUGGAAGAUUGUGCUCUCCAGCCUGGAGGCCUUGCUGCAGGGAAAGUGGUUGCCAGACUCAUGCAAUGUCCUGUGGUGCUGGAACUGGUGUAUUCCUUUUGAUUCGGCGGACCACAAUUCUACUACAAAGAUCUGCACGGCAGUCGCCUUGGCCAUCUCCUUACUUGGACGCUUUUGGUGAAGAGGAUCUCGAUAUGCGCAGGGGAAAACCACUCUACUUGAAUGAAGAACGUUAUGCUGCUCUGACAUACAUGGUUGCUUCUCACGGUCUUGAUCAAAGCACGAAGGUUCUUGCUCAAACCACAAUAGGGGCCUUCACCACAAUCGGUCCAUUCGCAACCUAAGGGCCAAAACCAUCCUGGUUUUAAGAAUCUUGUCGUCUGGAAACUGAAGUCUUUUCCUUUUGUCAUAAACUCCCUCAAUGGAACCCAUUGGACGUGAACUGUCUCCAUCAAGCUAAAUAUACAGAGGCGCACCACCCAAACUAUGAAUGUGGCCGUUGGCUCUUCCUCGCUUCCAACAAAUCUAUUUUUGAUCAGCCAAGAAUGUGGGGGACAAGACAGAGAUUCCUGCGUUGACUUUUGUGAUCCGAGACUUUUUUUUUGGUGUGGUGUGUGGGGUUAAUCUUGUUGUCGUUUUCUGUGAAUGUAUAUAUGAUAUGAUAUGAUAGUCCUCGCGGUUUAAUAACUUUUAAAUCAGAAAUAAGUUUGUGUUAUAUUCGUUGACCCAAAAAGUUUUUACCAAAACCAUGUGUGGGUUUACUUUUUUUCAUGGAUCAAAUUUUUAUGACCAUG